UAGAAUUUUAACAACACAAGAACUAGAUAGACUCAAGAAGGUGCAUAAUCUAUGUGUAGAAUUAGAGACAAAUGGUGCACUAAGUAAAAUGAAAAACUCAAUUGAAGCACAGUAUGGGCUAAUAAGUAUGACAACAUUAAAAUUUGAAAGAAGACUUAAAGUAGGUUGGAGUAACAGAAUGAUGAAAAUAUGUGCUCUAAAGCAAAAACACCAUGUAGAUGCAAUAAAGAAAGAAAUUGUUGCAAAAUUUCAAAAAGCAUUAACAAAAGAAAAAGCCAGGCUUCGAAAGAAAAAAAAGGAAAAAAGAAGAGCCCAAGCACAGCAAUCAACGCAUCAAAUGAUAAAGAAAAAAAUUACAACAAAACAGAUUGUGAAUAGAAGUAGACAAAAAAUGUGA